CCGACAGUGAGAACAUACUAACAACUUUCGAUAGGCAGCUGUCGGACGUGUCACAAUUAGAACGCAAAAGCAAAACAGCGGUGCCGCGCAUUUAUUAACAAUAAAAGAAGAGCUUUAUAAUCCAUAGACAAUGGCUGAUGAACAACCCAAUCUUGUUGCUGGACACCCACCUGCAUUGAAGGCAGGCGGUAAGAGAAUUGUACAGCACAAGACACCCAAUGCUGAACGUGCGCCGAAGGAUGCCGAGGACUGCACUGGGCUUACGCAACCCAUUGCCGUGAACUCGGGAUCGGUGAGCGGUGCCCUCGUUAAGGGUAACACGGACUUUACGCCCGCCUCCGCUCAGGUGGCCCACUCGCCCAAGCCCCCAGUUGCUGUGCAGCAUAAGCCCCAGAACCACAUCCAGCAGCCACGCAAGUGAUAAGGACUCCGGUCGGCCAACUAUUAUCAUUAUCCUAACUUUUUGAUCUUUUGUUAAAAUUCUAUAAGUCCUCAAUGGUAUUGAAGUCGUCUAUGAAAGCGAUAUUUACUUUAUAUGCAUUUCCUACUGCAUUCCAUAAAUGAAUUAUGCUGAUUCUCUGAGUUAAUAUUUUUAAUAAACUUUAUCCCUUUUUAUAGAAA